AUGAAUAGCCCAAUAGUUCAACUGUUAGCUUCCGAAAAACUUAAUGACAAUAAUUAUGCGGCAUGGAAAUCGAAUCUUAACAUGAUAUUAGUUGACGAUUUGAGAUUUGUCUUAACUAAGGAAUGUCCUCAAACCCCAGCCUCUAAUGCUAAUCGAACUAAUCGGGAAGCAUAUGAUCGAUGGAUAAAGGCUAAUGAAAAAGCUUGUGUCUGCAUUCUUGCCAGCAUGUCUGAUGUUCUGAAAAAGAAACAUGAAUCCUUAGCCAUGGCUAAAGAAAUUACGAAUUCAUUAAGGGAAAAUAGUUCUUGGAAAAGGCUUUCAGGUGAGAUCACUCUCAAGGUUGAAACAGGAGAGAUGGUCUCAGCUGAAGCAGUGGGAGAGUUAAAGUUGUAUUUUGGGUUUUCGGGUCGAGUCUGGGUAUCCAACCAGGUCUGGUAG